AUGUUUUGCCGCCUCAAGUCAACCCCACCCUCCCUCUUCUCUUCUCUGAACUCUUUCCAUCCUUCUACUCGAUCAUUCUCAUCCACAUCCGCAAUCAUGUCCCAGGUCUUCUUCGAUAUUCAGUACGCCCCUGUCGGCACCUCUACCCCCACGACUGGCCGCAUCGUCUUCAACCUGUACGAUGAUGUCGUUCCCAGAACUACCAAGAACUUCCGUGAGCUUUGCUUGAAGCCCGAGGGCCAGGGUUACAAGGGAUCCGGCUUCCACCGUGUCAUCCCCCAGUUCAUGCUCCAGGGUGGUGACUUCACCCGCCACAACGGUACCGGUGGUCGUUCCAUCUACGGUGAGAAGUUCGCCGAUGAGAACUUCAAGAAGCAGCACACCCGCCCCGGUCUGCUCUCCAUGGCCAACGCUGGCCCCAACACCAACGGCUCCCAGUUCUUCAUCACCACCGUUGUCACCUCUUGGCUCGAUGGUAAGCACGUCGUCUUCGGCGAGGUUGCCGAUGAGGCUUCCAUGAAGGUCGUUAAGGCGAUCGAGGCUGUUGGCUCUUCCUCCGGCUCCAUCCGCUCCGCUGUCAAGCCCACCAUCAUUGAGUGCGGUGAGCUCUAA